AUGAUGUCAUCAGCAGGCUCCUCACAUGGGUUAGUUCUGUGCAAGUGCAGCUCUUCCUGGUUAUGAGGAUUUAUCUCGCCUGAGUAAUGUAAAGCAUGCGCAAUGCCUUCUGUCCAGUAUCUGGCAGGGUUUCACUGCCCAGCAGGUGGUCUGGCAGCACAUGGAGCUCAGUUAAUCCCUUGGAAGGGCAAUGUCUAUGUAUCCAUUGGCAAAUCUGUCUAUGAAUACAGCAUGGAAAAGAAAUGCAUGUUGGCUGUGUAUGAAUUUGCUACUGAAAUAUGGUGCAUUGAACUGGACACAAAGACUCAACAACUUUAUAUACUAUGCGGCCAAAGUGGAAUCUACCUCCUGCAGUGGGAUGAAAAAGGGAGGUUGCUGAAGGAACCAAUGUCUGCUACAAGCACAGGAGGAGUAAACAUAUUCUUUAUAGGAGUGGAAUUCUGCUGCCUACUGGACCCUUCAAUCUGUUAUUUUACAGUAUGCCAUGAAGUCUUAGUCGCUGUAUCCAUGAACCAGAACAAAUGGGAAAUCAGACUGUUUAACAUAAGAUCUUCUGAUCAUAAAGGCAAUUAUCCAUCAGCAAUCAGAGAAAUGGAAAUCUCUGUCAAACCCACACCUGGAUGCAGAGACAUAUGUAAAGGGAAUAGUCUCCCUCCAGUUCUACUUUGUGUCUCUCUGUGGAAAAAGGAAGAAUUAGCUGUGGAUUUCCAUGAAUUUACAAUAGAGCCUUCCUUAUUCACGUUCCUUUUUGGAAUUGACUUGGCAAUGGUAAAUUCCCCAGUUGUUAUCUGUGGUUUUCCAGAUGGACAGGUUGUAUUCUUUCCACUGAAGACUGUUCCUUCUCCCAAAAGUGACUUUACAGAUAACCAGACCAAGUCUUCAACUCGUUUGCCGCUUCUUUAUAAUCUAGAGCAGCCUGUUGUUUUUCUUGGGGCUACAAAAGCACAAAUAUCAGAUGGCGAGAACAAUCCUUGGACUAAUAGCUCUAACAAACUUUUCUGUGACUGCAUAUUGCUUUUGGGCCAGGGAGGUCUGAUGGUAACAAUAACUGCUGGAAACAAAGCAGAAGGGGGGACUUAUGAGUUUAGAGAGUAUCAUUUGAAAGCUCCUGUAAAAUCAGCUUUCUGUUCUGGUCCUAAUUUGUAUUAUAGCACCUGCUCUGAUAUCCAGUGUGUUGUCAUUCCUCAGCCAGGGGCAGAUCUGCAAAAUCGCAUCCUUUCUUAUUCAAGUUAUAACAUCCCUAUGAUCAGAGCAAUGUCUCCAAUUUCUUGCUGCUCAGAAGGAGAUAAGGAAUUUUUGGCCCUUUCUGACAAAGGAAAGCUCAUGCUUUUCAUUUUGAAACAGAGUGAGGAUACAGCACAGAGAGCUAGACUUUCAUGUUCCCAAGCAGGACAGAGGAUCAAAGAGCUGCUCUCCCAAAUUGCUUCGGUCUCUGAAAGGGCCUCACCACUGAAGUCUCUUAUAGAGCAGAGAAACCAUUCUUUACUAAAUCUCAAUAAAGUAGUAGCAAUAAGUCAGGCUGUACUGACCAGUCGGGGUGCUAACAUGCCUGUGCGCUGCAAAGUGAAGCCAUUAUGGACUCGAAGACUUCAGCAGGAUUGUUUGGUUGCAUCGUGCAUCCUAGAGAACAAGACUGACUUUAUCUUGGAAAGUGGGUGGAACCUGUGUAUUCAUCUAAGUACAGAGGGCUCUGGUACCUCGUACUCCUUUUCUGUCAUGAAUCUGCAACCAGAAGAGAAUAUGGAAUUUAUUUUUCCUUUAGUCACAGAGGAAAGUGAACAUUUGGAAUUUCCUAUUAAAAUUACCUUUGCUUUGGUUUACAGUUUACAGGAACUUGAUAAAAGCUCUUUUCAAGAUCCCCAGUCUUCUUUAUUUUCCCAUACACAGUCUAGCAUUUGCUUACCUCUACAAGAACAUAUCAUUGACAUUUUACAGUGCCUUCGUCUUAAACCACACACUGGGCAACCUUUCCCUACCACCUUUCAUUGCAUGUCUCCCUUGGAUCCAGUAGAGGCAUUUUUGAGGUCCUCUGGUGGAGCUGAAUGCAAGCCUGGGCAACCAAGUGCCAUCUCUAAAGCUAUCUGUAAUGCAGAAAGUAAUUAUGCAGUAACAUUGGUGGCUUCUGUGAGAGUGGCAUCUGUGAUCCUGCAUCGGGCUUUAAAGAAAGAAGACUCUGAUACCUCGCUUUGCAGCUUGUUGUUUCACUGGCUCCUGUCAGCAGAGUUACCAUUGUCCCAGAAUCCGGUAGAAGUGCAUGGCAUGACCCCCAAUGGAAGAGAAUUUAGGCUACGAGUUGGGGAGGUAUCUGCAUAUGAUCUGUCCCCUGCCAACCCUAUCCCAGCCACUGAAGUCCAAAUAAUAUCUCCCCACUUGGAUGCUCUGGCCUGUUUGCAUUUGGCAGUGAUCCGUCGCCUUCAGAUAUUGGCAGAAAAAUGUAACCAGGAUGGCUGCAUCUCCCCAGAAAUAAAUUUGGAUAGCAUCCAGAAACAGGUUAUUGCCAGGGAGUCUUUAUUAAAAGAAGUGAAAUCCUUGCUGGACAAUCUUUGUGUGAGGAAGGAUCUAAGUUUUGAAUCAUCAGCCAAAAAGAGACUUUUAUGUUUAUACAAAGAGUUGCGGGACCCUGGCCUACUCUUGCUUUGAUUUUGGAGUUCAGACUUUUUUUUACACAACUUUUUUUUUUCUUAUGUCUAAGUAAGAAUUACAAACUUAAGUGUCACCCUCAGUAUCACUACAACAUCCAGAUUUAAACUAUUCUUAAGUUCCAAUUUCUUCUCUACCUCAAUGCAAGGUUAAUACUUUUCCCCUCCUGAAAAUAAAUAUAUGCAGUUCUCAGACUAUAAUUCACUAUGGCCUUAACAGUUUUUACUACAUUUUUGGCCAUUGGUUGAGCUUGCCAGGCUCCUACUGUUGCCAAUAUUUAUCUCCUCACUUUACUAUCCUCAUUUGUACACAACCAUUCCUUAACACCAUUGAGAACUGCCUGACACACAUCUGCACACAGCAUAAAGAAGACUUCUCUUGAAGCUCCCACAACCUACUGCAUUGUCAGUCUGUUAAGCAAAGCAUAGCUAGGCAGUGCUGUGAUGAGGCAGAAGAUGGCCAUUGACAUACAGGAAUAAAGAGGUGAAAGGAUUUUUCUGAAAAGGGAAAUUCUGCAGAAGAGUACAGACAAUUCUCUGAGCACUGCCAGUUAAAUAGCUGAGUCGGAAUAUUUGCUUUCAGAGGGGGAGGGCAGGGAAGGCUACAGCAAACUAUCAAACAUAUAAAAAUCCCAAAGACUUUAAUGCAAGAUAUUUGAAAAAAUAUUUCUUUGCGCUCAAAUAUCAACACACACAAAACAGCAGAUCCCCUUUAAUUAUUCCUUAACACCUUUUUAUCCUGUCCAGUCAGUCUGCCACAUUUGCAGAUAAAUAAUAGACUGGGAAAGAUCUAGACGCUGGGAUUUGCUGUGGUACCAUCUGUUUAGUUAAUGUAUGGUUUGAAUGUACUGAGCUGUGUAUACAAGUAGUACUUUAUGAAUAAAAAUAUACAUACAUAAAUUUGGGAACUUGGCAAGUCA